UAACAUUUAUCGCUCGAGUUUAAACAAGUAAAAAAGAAACAUUAGUUUAAUAUUCCGGUGAAAGUGGCGCAAUAGAUAUUUGGUUGAACUUCUUUCUUUUUAGAAGCACUUAAACCAUUGUGUUUGUUGGAAGUUGGAGUACUAGUAAGAUUGGAAAGCUUCGAAGAGGUUGGCUAUGAAGAUGGCAGACGCCGGCGAUUCGCGUGUGUUACCGGCGGGCUGGGAAGAGCGGAUGAGUCGAUCGACGGGCGAAGUGUAUUAUCUGAACACGCUCACCAAGGAGAGCCAGUGGGACUUUCCCGAACAACCUGCGCAAGCCGGAUUCCUGGGACUGAUCGGAUACGAGCAUGUGUGGUGUUCGCACUUACUCGUGAAGCACCAUCAAUCGCGCCGGCCUUUCUCUUGGCGCGAGCAAAAGGUCACCCGGACGCGGGACGAGGCGCUCGCGCUCAUCAAACGCUUCCGCGAGCAGAUAAUAUCCGGCAAGAUGACGUUCGAAGAGCUGGCGAGCCAGUACAGCGACUGCAGCUCGGCCAAGAGGAAGGGCGACCUAGGUAUGUUCGGCCGUGGCGCGACUCAGAAGGGCUUCGAGGAGGCAGCCUUCGCGUUGAAAGUGGGCGAGCUCUCCGAGCCCGUAUUCACUGAGUCCGGCGUUCACCUCAUCCUGCGGACCGCUUAGGACUUUUCCUGCCCUCGGCUGCACAGUGACUUUUGACAGGUCCAGGCCGACACAGCGUGUUGGGCCAAUGGGUGGGCCGACCGAGUGCGUCUCUUGACAGGUCCUGCGCUGCAAGAUGCCGAGGGUUAAGAACGACUCUCCGUUUGGGGCUGGCCCGAGUGCUUCACACACAGCAGGUGCCUUGCGAGAAGACAUCGCCGUGUUCUCAUACACGUGUAACUGCUGUUUCAUGUAUCGAAUUCAAGGUUUGGUUGGUGUGUUCUCUCUUCGUGUUCUUCUUCUUUUCUUUUUUUGCGGUGCUGAGUGGUCUUAUGUAACUGCUCGUUGAGUUAUAUGGUGUGCAAUAAAGCAGCGGAGGGGUUCGUAACGUGGAUCUGA